AUGGACAUGUAUAUAUUCUUUGAUGUGGAAGCUACGUCAGGCAACCCGAAGGAUGGAGAUAUCGUAGAAAUUGCUAUGAAAACUGAUCCAAAGACCUGCAAGCAGGAGCGAUCAUUUCAAUGUUUGGUGAAAACCAAGCAUAGGCUAUCAAAAUUUAGUAAGUGGCCAAACAGCAUUUAACUUUAACCACAUAGUUAAGUCGGUUGUAUAAAAAAGUAGUUAACUGUAGUUAAAGUUAACUAUCCAUUGGGUGAAUAGGUAACUUCCAAAAACAUAGUUAAAAAUGGCGCAUGGAUUAUUUGCCGUGUACCAUUCUCUCUCUUUCUCUCUCACAUUUUUUUGGGGGACACCCUGUAGACCCUGUUCAAAUAAGUAUAAAAACAAACUCGAAACAGACAUCGUGUGAACGGUGUCCUCAGUGAAACUUGUUUUCUUUUUAGCUGUGAAAUCUGGCAUAACAAAGAAAAGGCUUAUUGAUCCUAACAUAAAUGAAUUCAAAGUUGUUUACAAAAAUAUGAUGAAAUGGCUUAAAAAUCGUGUACAAAAGGCGCGUGAAUGGUAUAAAAAAGUGAUAUAUCCAAGGACGUUCGCCCAGGUAUGGCUGUUGCGGAAACAUUAAGGGUUAAGGCAAACAUUAAAGAUAACUGCCUAAAAAGCCAGUUCAAUUGUGCAUGUUAUGUGUGGUUGCAAAAACCUAUCAUGUGUGAUUUUUUUUUUUUUAGUAUUGUGUGCGCAUGGAGGUUUCAAGUUCGAUUUUGAAAUUUUCAUACGCAAUGUGGAGCGGUAUGUUGGCCGGUAUGUUGGCCAUUUUUACAAAAUGAAGUAUCUGCAUCUGGCCUUUGCAGAUACAUUUCUGUUGUGCCAAGAAGUGAGUUAUACAUGUCCAAUUAACAUAAUUAAAAUCUAUUUAUAUUUAUUUGAUGUAUUUUUUCAUAUUUUUUUUCAGCUACAACAAGAAGAUUUGCCCGAGCUCCAGGACACAGCGAGGUUGGGCAUGGAUGGGCUCUAUAGCCUUUUUUAUCCUGGAGAAAAAUUUGCUGUGAAGCAAAGUCGGCGAUAUAGUAAUUGUUAGUUUAGUGAAAAAACUGUUUUACUCACAUUAUUAAAUAAAUUUUAUGUUUUUUAGAUCGUCACAGAGCUAUGGGAGAUGUAAAUGCCAUGUUAAAAAUUUUUGGUGAUAAACUGUGGGAACAUUUACCACAAUUGCGGAUCCUAACUUACAAAUCAUUGUAAGUAUUUGUAUGUUGUUGUUAUUUGUAAGUAAUUGUUUUGGUUCCCGCAGAAAUAGUAAAAUAUAUCUGGCAAAUGCUAUGCGCAUGGUUUCAUUAGUUAAUGCAUGUUCUGAGAUUUUAGAAAACCCGUACAUGUUUACAAAAAAACAUAUUAAUUAUGGCUGUUUUGUGAAUAGCUGCAAGGGACGUCAGAGCCUACACAGUUGGAAAGAGAGUCGACGUCAAUGUGUCUCCGUCCCGAGUUCCCCUGUAGCAAGUAAAGUGCUUGUUUAUUACUGAAAGUGCCUCUAAUAAACCAUCAAGGCGUUCUUCGGUUUCACAAUAUUUUCUCUCGUUUGCAAAAUAUUGAUUGAGUCUUGAAUAUCGAUUGAGUCUGCACGUUUAGUGAAGAAACAAACAGAUAUUGGACUAGCUACAAUAUAUUUUAAAAACAGAAAUAUCUUGAGCACGAGGAAAGAUAUUGAGAAACUGAAAAGGCCGUUAUGAUUAUGUAGUUGAAAUGAUCUUUUGUUGCGAUACAAAUUAGACCGCCAGGUUUUUUUCCAUUUUAUCGGCACCUUUAGGCUCUAGCUGUGUAAACGGAGAGAUGAGAACGAAGGUUGUUGUUUCCUUUUCUUUUUAACUCUUUCCCGACAGGUCCCUAUUAAGUAAAUCACUCAUGAUUUACGACUUUGCAGGGUCAUAUCGUCAGUUGGGUGCAUGCUAUGUAGAUGAAAAUACCACCAUUCGAUUCAGUGAAACAAUAUCUCCUAUACCUGUCGAUAGUUUUAGUCAAAUAUAAUUUUAGUGAAAUUGUAUAACAAUUUAUGACCUUUCGACAGGUCAAGCGGUGUCAUAUUUCAUUAUAUUAAUCAAUUGUCUCGAACAAUGUAAACUAUCAAUACCUUUUGCCGAACAUAACUUCGGCCCCUUUUGAGAUAUCGUUUUCGCUAUAGUCUUAUUCGAAACAGAAUCAAAAACACUAUUGAAAGUGUUAUUUUCAAGCUUGUAGCCUUAGUUUUUCGUCUUUUAUUUCGGUAUUUCAAUCUGUUGCGAAACUAAUGAAAUCAGCGGGAUAUUUUAACCGGAAAUACAUUUUAGAUCUGCCAAAACAUCGCGUGUUUACAUCCUAGCGUUCGGAAAACAUCGGAAAUCGAUUCUAAAGGUCAAAUUACAUCUGAAGCGUGCUUUUCACGUGCACUGGGCUACGGGAGACCCCUUAUUGGCCAAUUUUACAUGCAGCACGCGCGUGCGAGUAAAAACCCGAUGAAACCCGAUAUUUUGAAAAAAACAAAAUAAACAUUUCUACUCGCCGUAUUCAAACGAAACUUUCUACAUAAAAGCGCUUGAAUACAAGGAAUAUUUCACUAACAUUAACUUGCGGCGAAUACUGAAGAGUUUAGAAAAUAUUCAACAUUUUCUCCAUAUGAAAAUACAGAAUGUUUGGCCAAGUGGUGAGUAAAUAUAUGAUUGUUUCGGUUUGUGUAUUUGUUUUGACGGCAUUAGACCCCCCGAUGAAAAGCUUAUUUUGUUAAGAUUCCAAUGGUGUUCUUUGUUUUUAAGGGGGGUGAAUACGCACUGAAAUAUUUACGUUAUAAAACGGUUGAAUCAAAAUAUUGCUUGCCGUGAAAAAUGUCACAUGUCGAGAAAGAGUUAAACGUUACUACAUAUAAAUUCUGUCAUGAUUCACUUCAGAAGUCUGAGCAUCGAAAGAUAUGACUCAUUUGAUCUGGGCUUUAAUGUCUGUUUUUGUGUUCUCUUUGACAGAUAUUGAAACAAUCUUACAGCGGUUCACAGUGGACGAUUUCUGUUGAGACGGGAGUAGGUUAGCGUUGCACAUGAUUUCCAUAUUUAGCCCACAAACACAGAGUUGCAAAAAAAGAUUGCCUCGGGAAGCUCUUGAAAGGUGAACUAACCAGUGGCUGCUCUGUCGCUAUGUCGCGCGUUGCGAUGAAACGUAAAUAAAUUCUCCUUUCGUAUAUUUUGUUUAAUGGCCAUUCACUUAGCAGUACUAAGCUGGGCGUUAACAUUGUUGAUUUGUUUUAAAAACAGAAAUAACACUUUGACUGCAUUUUCCCUUCACAGAUGAAUGAUUCCAUGGCCUCUCUUAAAAUGUGAGUUUGAAAAUUAAAUGGAAAAAAGGUCCCAACAGGCACUUCGUGAUCCAGGGUGAUUUUGAUCACUCAGUGAAUUUUUAUUUUUAGUGAUGAGCAUAAAGAUGGUGUUGUGGGUGGAGAUGAGUUUGGAG